AUGGCUGAGUCAUCAUCUUCUUCGGGAUCUGAUUCGGAUGUAGAGCCCACCGAUCACAGCAUGUGGAUCAUACCUGGACCCUACAGGUGGGAGGUCCUUCGUCAGAGAAUGCAGAAAGGUCAUAUUUCACAGCGAGUGUGGAAUACUGAGCAUGUAAGAAAGAUUAAGACGAGGUGUGGGAAGCCACAAGGGGGCCCACCUACCGGUGCUAUUCCACAGGUUGUGGAAGAGUACCUCAGACAGGCGGGUUUCAUACAUGUUUCAGGAUGCAACAUAUCCAGGUGGAGACCAGAGACACAUACCUUUCACAUGACCCAAGGUGAGAUGACGAUCACCUUACAAGAUGUGGCAGACAUCUUGGGCUUGCCGACCGACGGUACUGUCGUCAUCGGAUCGACCUCUGAGGAUUGGCACGCUGCUUGUGCUGGUGUUUUUGGACAUGUUCCAGAGGCCGGUGAGUUCCAUCAUUCUGGCGACCUCCGCAUCUCAUUCUUGGAUCGACAUUAUACCCGGUGGACUGAUCUUGAAGGGAAUCAUGUUGCCGAGAUCUACUUCACAAAAGCUCACAUUGCGCGGAUGUUGGGGACUUGGUUGCUGGCGGACAAGUCUGGAGGUAGCAAUUUUGGUUGUCGGCUUGUCCCGUUGCUAGUGGAGGAUUUGAGGACAUUGGUCGAUUCAGCUGGGGAUCUGCAGUUUUGA